AUGAAGCUGGUUGUCGCGGGGUCCACGGGCUUUCUGGCGGGCGAGAUCAUUCGCCAGGCGCUCUCGAACCCCACCAUCACCUCCGUCGUCGCCCUUGGUCGCCGCCCGGCGCCCGAGCCGCAAAAUGCCGGCCCGAGUGCCGACGCAUCCAAGCUCAAGUCGGUCAUCCUGGAGAAUUUCGACACUGAGUACUCGGAGAGCGUGAAGAAGGAGCUGUCAGGUGCUGAUGCUUGCAUCUGGACCAUCGCCAUCACGCCAUCGCAGUACCGGUCAUUUCCCUGGGAGCAAGUGGUCAAAGUGUGCCGCGAUUAUGCCCUCAGAGGCGUCGAAACCAUCUCCCAACUGCCCCGUGAUGGCCAGGGAAAACCCUUCCGCUUCGUCUACGUCAGCGGGAACAAUGCCGAGCGCGAUCCCAAUAAGAAGCCCAUGAUACUGGGCGACUACUGUCUCAUGCGUGGCGAAGCCGAAGCGCGUAUUCUCGAAUACGCAAGCAAAUCCAACGGCACCGUCGAGGCGUGCAUUGCCAAGCCUGGCGUUAUCAACGGCCCCGGGAAGGAGUCGACCCUGUUCAAACGCGCCUUCUUUUCGCUUAUUGGUGUGCCCAAGAUCCACGUCAGCGAGAUCUCGGCUGCGUUACUAAGCCAGGUUGUGAACGGGUUUGAGAAGGACACGUUGAUGAGUGAGGAUCUGUCGAGGAUUGGGCAGAAGGUUUUGGCCGAGAAGAAAUAG